AUUGUGCUUUAAGUGAAAGUUUACAGAUCAAGUCGGUCUCAUACAAAAAUUUAUAUGUAUCUUGUUGUAUACUUGUAGUUGCUCUCCCCCUAAUGAGACAGCACACUCCUUUCCACCCUCUAUUUUUGUGUCCAUUCGGCCAACUUUUGACCCUCUGAUAGCACUACUUUUAAGCCAGUGAUUUUCUGUGCACGAGGGAUAUAUGUCUUAGGGAUGCAUUUUAUAAUCACUUUGGAGGGCCACGUACAGUCAUUCUCAUCCUCCCUCUACCCCAUUUUUGUGUUCCUCCUUAUUUCUGUUGUAAGCGUGUUCUGUUCCUCAGUAUGUUGGAACAGAAAAAAUGAUUGAGAAUCACUACAGCCAGUCCCCCGGUUACAAACAAGAUCCGUUCCUGAGUGUGUUUUUAAGAAUUUGUAGGUAAGAUGGAACAGGUGUAUAUGAUUCUUAGGUAGCCUUACUUCAGUGCAAUAAAAGUCUUGAAGACUUUCCAAUGAUUUAAAAGCUGUACGUGCAGCAAAUGAAGGUGAUCGUGAUGAAGAAUUUGUUGCCAGUAGGAGUUGGUUCAGCCAUUUCAAACUGAGGGCAAAUUUAUAUAACACUAAAGGGUAAGCAGGAGUUGUCCAUAAGUUGAACAUUCGUAACCCAGGGAUUGCCUGUAUUCUAAAUCCUUAGGAGAUGUAGCUUAUCUACCUUACACCUGUUUCCUUAAAACUGGAAAUCAGGCCUGUGCUUUUCUAGAUAAUGUCAUUUUAUUCUUCUUCAGUCUUCCUUAAAAAUUCCUCCUCUUUCAAGAUUCACGCCCUGUUUGCUGUGUUUUUUAUCCAUCUUUGUCAUUUCAGUAUUGCAACUUCUGUGUCAGUCCCCUGUAUUCGCUGAUACUUUGGUCUAACUCUUGCCGUCAUGUGGGCCAUUUCAACUGAUAAGACUGAAGGUUACUGUUAAUGGAUCAAAUUGUGUCCCCCCAAAAUAUGUGUCAACUUGGCUAGGUCAUGAUUCCCAGUAUUAUGUGAUUGUCUACGAUUUUGCCAUCUGAUGUGGUUUUCUUAUGUGUUGUAAACCCUCUACGCUAUUAACGAGGUGGGAUUAUCAGCAGUUAUGUUAAUGAGUCCGGACUCAAAUCUACAAGAUUAGAUUAUAUUUUGAGUUAACCUCUUUUGAGAAGUGAGCAGAGAGACAAGGGGGUACCUCUUGCCACCAAGACUGAAGAACCAGGAGGGGAGUGUGUGCUUUGGGCCUAGGGUCCCUGCACUGAGAAGCUCCUAGACCAGGGGAAGAUUGAAGGCAAGGACCUUUCCCCAGAAGUGACAGAGAGACAAAGCCUUCCCCUAGAGCUGGCACCCUGAAUUUGGACUUCUAGCCUCCUAAAGUAUGAGAGAAUAAACUUCUGUUUGUUAAAGCCAUCCACUUGUGGUAUUUUUGUUACAGUAGCACUAGAUGACUAAGAUGGAAUGGAAUUUCGUACUGAGAGUGGGGUUCUACUGUAACAGAUUACCUAAAAUGUGGGAGCAGUUUUGAAACUGUGAAUGGAUAGAGGCUGGAAGAGGCUUAAAGUAUGUAAUAGUAAAGGCCUUGAUCACCUUGAAGAGACUGUUGGUGGCGUUAUGGACAUCAAAGACAGUUCAGGUGAGGACUUAAUAAGGAAAUGAGGAGAGCUGUUACACUGGAAAUGCCAUAGAUGGCGAGAAGCAGCAUCAGAGAAACGGCAGUAGCAGAACCAGGAGACUGGUGUGAAAUAGCACUAGAGAGCUGACCCAUGGAGUGAGAGAGCUGAGCGCCUUUGUGCAGGAGCCUUCCUGGCAGAGUAGGGUACCUCCAGAAACUUUGGUGGAGCUAGGCUUGCCAACCUAUUCAGUAAGAGAGCUGAGUGUCUUCUGGCCAGAGUUUACUGGCGGAGUGGGAUGCCUCCAGGCACUUAUCAGUGUAGCUAAAGAACUUUGGACAGCUUGCCUCAGCAGGGCAUACAGGGGCAACAAGGCCCAAGGGGCCAAGGAACCUGGAAGCAAAAGCUGAAGAGACAAAGGAAACAGGGAGUAGAACUGCCUUAGUCUUUGAAUGAAGUCACGGCCUCUGGAGUUUGUAAGGGUGGGGCUACAGCCUCCUAGGUUUCAUAGAGUCACAUCUUCACCAGCUUGGUUCUGGAGCGUGGGACUGCCAUUCACAAGUGCCAGCAGGAUGGGGCCAAAUCCACUGCCCAGAGCUGUGGGGGUGGAGCUGCCAUGCUGCAUGCAGUUGAUUACUUUUGUGUGGCAUUUCUGGCCAUGGUCUUAAAACUCCUACCCAGGUGAUUGGGCAAGACUGUACAGAUGGGGAUUGGAAGGGGAUUGGUAAGUUUUGCCAUAAAAGAGAGCCAGCUCCAAAGCAGAGGAUUACACCACCACCAAGGAAGAACAGCCAGGAGACAGCAUGUUCUUUGGACCUGGGAUCCCUGUGCUGAGAAGCUUCUGCAACCAGGAGACAGAUGUAACACUGAGGGUAGCAGAAACCCAUCAGCAGGAGAUGGCGUGGUGGGCUUCCCAGCUCGUGGAGGGAGAAAGCUGAGUGCCUUUGGACAGAGGCCUAUGGCCAGAGAGAGGCGUGCCUGUAAACAUAGCUGGGAAGAGGCUGUUCUGAUGGAAGAACUGAAUCCUUGGCAUUCCUCAACCUGAAUUGUAACCUUUACUUCCCUAAUAAACCCCAUAAUUGUGAGUAUGGUCUGUGAGUUCUAUGUGGCCAUUGUUGCAAUGAAUUAUCAAACCCAGCAGAGAAGUAGAGAGUGCUGUGGGAGGGACGGUUGGUGUCAGAAUUUGCUAAAGAUGAUGGAGAGAGGGAGCAUGUCUGACCUCCAUCUCAUGGGUAUCAGCCUUGGGCUGUUGAUCUUGGUUUUCCUUCCCCCUUGGGGAGUUAGAGGAGGUUAGACACCACCCCCAAGCUGUUUUUUUACACAUGCUCAAGGGACAGAAGAACAAGGACAUGCCGGGUCUAAGGGGGUAGGUUGCCACUCAGAGGAGCUAGGAGAAUGGGGCUGCCCAAAACCGUGGGAGCAGAGAUGCCACGCCAGUAGGCCUGGAAGGCGGAGGUGAAGCCCAGGGCCCAGCUGAAGCCCAGGGCCUCCAUCCAGAAUCUGGAGAGUGUGGCCAGUACCCAAAGUCUGGAGGGCAGGGCCAUUGUGUAAAUGGUCUCAGAGAACAGAGGAUUAUUUUCAAGCCUUGAGAGCUAAUGUAAUUUGUUCUCCUGACUUGCUUGGUGCCAGUUAUCCCUUCUUUCCCUCCUGUUCCUCCCACUUACAAUAGAAAUGUCUAGCUCGUGCUCAUUCCACCAUUGUACUUUGGAAGCAGAUAACUUGUAUUCUAGAUUUCAUAGACGAAGAGGAAUUUUUGGAUUUUGGACUUGGAGUUGAGUUAAGACUUUUGCUAUGAUAUGAGGGGGUGAGUGUGUUUUACAUGUGGCAAGGACAUGAAUUUUUGGGGACCAAAGGGUGGAAUGUUAUGGAUUGAAUUGUGUCCCCCAAAAAUGUGUGUCAACUUGGCUAGGCCAUGAUUCCCACUGUUGUGUGGUUGUCCACCAUUUUUUCAUCUGAUGUGAUUUUCCUGUGUGUUGUAAGUCCUGCCUCUGUGAUAUUAAUGAGGUGGGAUUAGCGGCAGUUAUGUUAACGAGGGAGGAUUCAGUCUACAAGAUCAGAUUGUAUCUUGAGUCAUUCUCUUUUGAGAUACAAAAGAGAGAAGUGAGCAGAGAGACAUGGGUACCUUGUGCCAACAAAAAUGAAGAACCAGGAGGCGAGUGUGUCCUUGGGGCCUGGGGUCCCUGCGCUGAGAAGCUCCUAGACCAGGGGAAGACUGAAAACAAGGACCUUUCCCCAGAACUGACAGAGAGAAAGCCUUUCCCUAGAGCUGUCACCUUGACUUUGGACUUCUAGCCUUUUAAACUGAGAGAAUAAACUUGUUUGUUAAAAGCCAUCCACUUUUGGUAUUUCUGUUGUGGCAGCACUAGAGGACUAAGACAGGCACCUAAUACAACUUUAUUUUUUUUUCUUAAUUUCUGUAUUCCAGUGAUAUUCAACUCUACUUUCCUUGACAUAUCCCCUCAUGUGGUUCCAAACAGCUCUACUUCUGAUCAAAAUCUCCUGUAUAUCAACAUGUCCAUCUUAUUUGUUUCUUUACUCUUCUGAUCCAUCCCUAAUCUGUGUAGCCUCUUUUUAGCUUUAACUCUCUCUAUCAGUAUCAGUACCUUAAUAUCCCACCUGAAUUUAGAAGCCAUCUCAAGAAUAGAUUUGAUUCAUUGGACACUAAUGACCGAAGACGACAAGACGAGUUGUGGGUUGACAUCAAGGACAUCAUACAUGAAGAAAGCAAAAGGUCAUUAAACAGACAGUAAAGAAAGAAAAGACCAAAAUGGAUGUCAGAAGAGACUUUGAAACUUGCUUUUGAACAUAGAGUAGCUAAAGCAAAUGGAAGAAAUGAUGAAGUAAAAGAGCUAGACAGAAGAUUGCAAAGGGCGGCUUGAGAAGACGAAGUAGAGUAUUAAAUGAAAUGUGGAGAGACCUGGAGUUAGAAAUUCAAAAGUGAAGAACACACUCAGCAUUUCUCAAACUGAAAGAACUGAAGAAAAAAUUCAGAUUUUGAGUUGCCAUAUUGAAGGAUUCUGUGGGCAAGAUAUCGAAUGACACAGGACCCAUCAAAAGAAGAUGGAAGGAAUACACAGAGUCACUGUACCCAAAAGAAUGGGUCCGAUGUUCAGCUAUUUCAUGAGGUAGCAUACGAUCAAGAACCGAUAGUAUUGAAGGAAGAAGUCGAAGGUGUACUGCAGCUGUUGGUGAAAAACAAGGCUUCAGGAAUUGACAGAGUACCAAUUGAGAUGUUUCAACAAACAGAUGGAACGCUGAAAUCGCUCAUUCAUCUGUGCCAAGAAAUUUAGAAGACAGCUACCUGGCCAACUGAUUAGAAGAAAUCCAUAUUUGUGCCCAUUCCAAAGAAAGGUAAUCUGAUGGAAUGUGGACAUUAUUGAAAAAUAUCAUUAAUUUCACACGCAGGUAAAAUUUUGCUGAAUUAAAGAAUGGUUGCAGCAGUACAUCAGCAGAGAACUGCCGGAAAUUCAAGCUGGAUUCAGAAGAAGUCGUGGCAUGAGGGAUAUCAUUGCUGAGGUCAGAUGGAUCAUGGCUGAAAGCAGGGAAUACCAGAAAGAUGUUUACCUGUGUUUUAUUGACUAUGCAAAGGCAUUUUACUGUGUGGAUCAUAACAAAUUAUGGAUAACAUUGUGAAAAAUGGGAAUUGCAGAACAAUUAAUUGUGCUCAUGAGGAACCUGUACAUAGACCAAGAGGCAGUUGUUUGAACAGAACAAGCAGAUACUGUGUGAUUUAAAAUCUGGGAAGGUGUGCAUCAGGUUUGUAUACUUUCACUAUACUUAUUCAGUCUGCAUCCUGAACAAAUAAUCUGAGAAGCUGGACUGCAUAAAGAAGAACAUGACAUCAGGAUUGGAGGAAUCCUUAUUAACAACCUGCAAUAUACAGGUGACACAACCUUGCUUGCUGAAACUGAAGAGGACUUGAAGCACUUACUGAUAAAGAUCAAAGACUGCAGCCUUCAGUAUGAAUUACACUUCAACAUAAAGAAAACGGAUGUCUUCACAGCUGAACCAGUAAGCAACAUCAUGAUAAACAGAGAAAAUGUUGAAAUUGUCAAGGAUUUCACUUUUCUUGCAUCCACUAUCAAUGCCCAUGGAAGCAGCAGUCAAGAAAUCAAACGACGCGUUGCAUUGGGCAAGUCUACUGCAAAAAAGUCUUUAAAACUGUUAAAAUGCAAAGACUUCGCUUUGAGACUAAGGUGCAUCUGAUCGAAGCCAUGGUAUUUUCACUUGCCUCAUACGUACAGAAAGCCUGAACGACAAAUAAGGAAGAUUGAAGAAGAAUUGAUGCCUUUGAAUUAUGACAUUGGUAAAGAAUAUUGAAUAUACCAUGGACUGCCAAACGAAGGAAUAAAUCUGUCUUGGAAGAAGUACAGCUAGAAUGCUUCUUAGAAGGGAGGAUGGCAAGGCUUUGUCUCACGUACUUUGGACAUGUUAUCAGAAGGGAUCGUUCCCUGGAGAAGGACAUCAUACUUGGUAGAGGGUCAGUGUAAAAGACAAAGAUCCUCCAUGAGAUGGAUUGACACAGUGGCUACAACAGUGGACUCAAACAUGACAACAAUUGUGAGGAUGGCACAGGACCAGCAGUGUUCCAUUUUGUUGUACGUAGGGUCACUGUGAGUUGGAACUGACUCGAGGGCACCUAACAACGCCACUACCACCAGUACCGCUGGAGGAGCCCUGGUGGUGCAGUAGUUAAGUGCUUGGCUGCUAACUGAAAGGUUGGUGGUCCAACCCACUAUCCACUCCUUGGCAGAAAGAUGUGGCAGCCUGCUUCAGUAAAGAUUAUAGUCUUGGAAGCCCUGUGGGCCAGUUCUGCUCUGCCCUGUAGGGUCACUAUUAGUUGGAAUCGACUCCAUGGUACUGGUUUUGGGUUUUAGAUACCAGUUCCACUGCUGGAGCCCUGGUGGUAGAGUGGUUAAGAGCUUAGCUGCUAACCAAAAGGUUGGCAGUUCGAAUCCACCAGCUGUUCCUUGGAAACCCUAUGGGGUAGUUCUCCUCUGUCCUGUGGGGUUGCAAUGAGUUGGAAUCGAUUUGAUGGCAGCGAGGUUUAAUGCAGCUUGGCUAUGUUGUAGUCAGUUUCCUUUCCUGUUCUUCACAUUUUCUAUUGUUUUACCCCUGUCUUAAGUCCUCUACUGCCCUCUGCUUUCCUCUCUUAGUGUUUGUUUACUUCCUGUGUCAUAGAAUGGUGUUAUCAACUUUGUGUUCUUUACGGUUUUCUUUUUUAAUUUUUAUUGUGCUUUUAGUGAAAGUUUACAAAUCAAGUCAGUCUCUCUUUACAGUUCUUUGAGAUACUAAUAGGUGGUCCUGGCUAAAGAGGCUUCGUUAGUCAAAUCAGCCUGGGAAAUGCUGCAGAUUACAUCCCUGUUUUAGUGAUUUAUUGUGCAUGUUAACAUACUAAAGAGCCUGAGAGGUCCUUCAGGAAAGAAGUCUGUUUAACUUGGGUUAACACAACCAUCCCUCCCCCCACUAAAUUGGUUGUGAUAAGACCCCAAAUAACCUCAUAAUGCUUUUUAUUAUUAUCGCUAAUUACUCUUACUUUACUGCCUCUUGAUUUUUCCCUCGAACUUCAGCCUCUCUUUCCUCUGCAGUCUGUCUUCCUUGUUCUGCAGAAGUUAAUCUAAAACAGAAAUUGUGCUACUCUUCUGGUUAUAAAUCUGUGGCCUUGCUAAAGUUUAUACUCAACUUGGCAUGCAAAUUGCUUCAUAGUGUGGCACUAACCUACAUUCCCUAUUUCAUCUCCUGUCCUUAUCGUUAUUUAUGCUAUUUUGUGGUCCUAAAAAAAUUCUCAGAGUUUUACAAACACAUUUGUUUAGUGUAUAAAAAGUCCAUCAAUUAGGACUAUUCCUUCUCACUUCUAUCAACUAGGAAAUUGCUUUUCAGCUCAACUAUUAUCUCCAUUAUGAAGGCUUUCUUAAGACUCUUUCCCCUAGGUUUUCAUAGUAUGUGCCACAUAAUAUUGUCAUUAUAUAUUUAUAUGACUGUCUCCCCUGUUAAGGCCCCUUGUUUAUUUUUGUAUCCCUAGCAUUUAACCCGGCUCUUUAUGUAUGAAUGUUCACAAAUAAUGUUUAACAUUCAUUUCAGAUUUGUAUUUGUUUACCUGAACAAAUCCGGGGCCAGCUAUGUAAUUUGCAGGACCCGGUGCAAAAUGAAAAUGUAAGAGGAGUCUGGAGCAAGAUGGUUGUAUGAUCAGCAGCAUACUCCUGAACCCUCUCAAAAAUACCAAAAAACCCCCAAACAAAACAAAAAAACCGCUCCUCAAAACCAAAACAUAACAACAAAACCAAGCAGAAACUGGCAGAAUCAACUUUGUUAGAAUUCUGGAAGCCAGAUAAAGAGUUACAGGAACUAAGUGAACACUGAAUCAAGAAAAAAGUGCUGUCUAAAUGGUAGGAAAGCUUUGGUUUUCUACUUGACUGUGCCCCAUCCUUCCCCCUUGCCUCCCCAAGUAUGGCCGUCUUAAAGUGGCAGUGGCCUGCACUCUCAAAGAAGGAACCUGGUCUCUGGCUCUAGAAGGAUCAGAGUAGACUUUAUUCUCAAAUUAUUGUGUAUGUCUGUUCUAACCUGUCUGGGGAAUGCCUGAAGGAUUAAAGUAAGGUUACAAACCAAAAAUACCAUAAAACUAGCCUUUAUAUUUACCCAUGAAAUUACCUUUUCUGUAAAUCUUUUUCCCCUUUGUAUGGCUUCAAGCUACUGUCUAGUAUCCUUUCACUCUAAUCUGAAAGAUUCCCAUUAGCAAGUCUUGUAGGGCAGAUCUCCUGGUAACAAACUCCCUCAGUUUGUUUAUCUGAGAAUGUCUUUAAUUUCACCCUCAUUUUUGAAGGGCAGUUUGCUGCAUAUAGAAUUCUUAGUUAAUAGUUCUUUUCUUUCAGCACUUGAAGUAUGUCAUUCCAUGGUCUUUUGACCUCAUGGCGACCCUAUAGGACAGAAUAGAACUGCCCCGUAGGGUUUCCAAGGCUGUGACUCUUUACGGAAGCAGAGUGUCACAUCUUUCUCCCAGCAGAGUGUCACAUUUUUCUCCCAGGGAGCUGAUGUCGGGUUUGAACUGCUGACCUUUCCAGAAGCUGAAUGGUUAACCCCUGUGCUGCCAGGACUCCUAUUAUUGAUCCUACAGAAAUAAAAAGUAUUGUGUUGUUAGUUGCCAUUGAGUUGGCUCUGAUUCUUGGUGAACUUACGUAUAACAGAAUGAAAUGUUGCUCAGUUCUGUGCCAUCUUUAUGAUCCUUUGGUAUAUUUGGGUACGUUGUUGUGGCUGUUGUGUCAGCCCACCUCACUGAUGGUUUCCCUCUUUCACUGAACCUCUAGUUUACCAAAGAUGAUGUCCUUUUCUGGUGAUUGGUCUUUUCUGAUGACAUGUACAAAGUAAGCAAGCUGAAGUCUUGCCAUUCUUGCUUAUAAGGAGUAUUCUAGUUGUAUUUCUUAUAAUUUGUUUAUUCUCCUGGUGUUUAAUAGUAUAUUCAGUAUUUUUUGCCAGUGCCACAAUUCAGAUACAUAGGUUCUUCUUUGGUCAUCCUUUUUCAUUGUCUAGCUUUCACAUAUGAGAUGUUUUCACAUUUGAGGAUAGCGUAGGAGGGAGCAGUGUUUCAUUCUGUUGUGCAUAGGGUCGCUAUGAGUCAGAACUGACUCGAGGGCACCUUAUAACAACACCAGCUUUUGCAUGCAUGUAAGGCAACUGACAAGAUUAUAAGAGAAUACUCUGAACAGUUGUUGCCAGCAAAUUAGAUAACCUAGAUAAAAUGAAUAAAUUCCUAGAAACACAUAGACUACCUAACUUGACUCAAGAAGAAAUAGAAAAUCUCAGUAGACCUAUAACAAAUGAGGAGAUUGAAUCCAUAAUCAAAAACUGCCCAACAAAAAAAAAUCUGGGAUCAGAUGGCUUCAUUGGUGAAUUCUACCAAACAUUUAAAGAAGAAUUAAUUUCAGUGCUUCUCACAGUCUUCUGAAAAGUAGAAGAGGGGAUGCUUCCUAACUCAUUCUGUGAAGUAAGCAUUACCCUGAUACCAAAACCAGAUAAAAACACUGUAAGAAAAGAAAACUGUGGAACAAUGUCCUUAUGAAUUGUUGUUCUUAUUGGGUGCCACCAAGUCACCUCCGACUCAUGGUGACCUUAUGCAUAACAGAAUGAAAUGCUGCUUGGUCAUGUACCAUCCUCACAAUCCUCGCUGUGUUUCAAGCCAUUGUUGCAGUCACUGUGUCAAUCCAGUCCAUUUGUGGGUCCACUCUUUUUCACUGAUCCUGUUUUACCAAGUACGAUGUCUUUCUCCAGGGACAGAUCUCUUCUGAUGUGCUCGGUUUGUUCAUUCAAACAGAUCUGUUCAUUUUUCUGGUAGUUGUGGUUUUAUUUGCCCUUCAGUAUUUUUCUAAGUAAAGAAGAAUUAAGUUACUGGCAUUAAUUUUAUCAUUCAUCUUUAUGUUGUGUCAUCCCACUUUUAAAUGGUACAGGCUCUGUCCUAUAGUCUUAGAGGGGCAGGGUGAUUGGUGUAGGUACUGGUAUCUGGUUGCAGCAGGUGGGUUCUGCAGACGGACCAUGAGCACCCAGUGUUUUUGGUUGUAAGGACUGGGAGGCACCAGUUAUCCUUGGAUCCCUGUCGCGGGUGGCCGGGUGACCCGAGUGGAGCCACCAGUCCUUAGGACUCUGAUGUGGGUAGGUGAAGACCCUGUUUAAUAGGCAAAGCAAUGUCAAACAUCAAACACCCACCUCUCCCCUGCACAGCUAAAAUGGUUGGAGUCUGCCAGCAAGGGCCUGUUCUCCUGAAAUAGGCCCACACAGGUCCAUGCAGAGGGGAAAGGUACUCAAAGGCCAUAGACCGUUUGUGCCUGGACAGGAGCCGCUUCUGUCCUGAGGUCCCCCUGGUUAGUGGAGCUGGCAAAUUAUCUUCUCCCCCAGUUGUGAAUUUAUUCCUUCUCCAGGGCCUGGAGGUUGGCUCUAGGCGCUCAACAGGGCCUAUCUCAGACCCAGGGAAAUCAGCCGCUGAAACUGCCUUGGGUGGGGUGGGGGUGCAGCGGUAAAAUAUACCCAGGUACUUAGCUUUUGCCGAGAGCACCGUUAUUCUUUGUUUCCAGAGGUGUGAGUAGGCUCUGUGGCUGGCUGCUUCUCCCUGAGGAAACUGGCCGAAUGCUUGUACCAGCCUGCUGCCGCCUCUCCUGGGAAUGGUGCCUUAGGGCUCCCUUUCUGCUUCUGAACCAUCUCUUCCCCCCCCGCCCCUCAGUUCAUUUUCUAAGCUUGCCUUUGAUGUUCAGGGCUCCUAGCUUGUCAUAAAUACACUCGUUUCACUUGUUUUUUUUCGGAUCUUUGUUGUACGGAGGGCUUGCCGGAAGCGUCUGUCUUUUCUGCUGUCUUGGCUCCCCUCUACCACUUUUAAAUGGAAAUAUAAGAGUAUUUAAAUCUUUUGUGGAAGCACUAGUAUUUCAUGGUUUUACAUGCUACCAGAACAGUGGAAAUGCUGCACAAAACUUAUUUGUUUUUAUUUCCCUGCUUGGUAUUUGUACAUUCUACAAAUACUUCAUAGCUUUGACUUUCUGAUGAACAAGGUAAGACUGAAAGGAAAAUGAACUAUCGGUUGCCCUAUCUUUUCUUUUCCUUCUGGAUCGUCAUUUUUAGGAUAAGUGGUUGUCUAAUACAAGAAAGUAUCACAAAUAAAAAAAGAUUUAGUUCCUUAGUCAUUCAUGUCUCUUAGAACAUCAUUGUUCUUCUCUAUUUGAAGCAAGUUACGGUUUGAACAGAAAGUGUGUCUUCUUGGGGCUGUCAGUUCCCUUUUUAGUUAGUUGCAACAACACACCUUAUACUUCUAUUGAGUCUUGCUGAACGCCCACAUGUUACAGGUUUACUGGAAUUCUUUGCUUAUGGGGCAUCAUGAAUGCUGUGUAAGAACUGGGUGGUAAGGAAUGGUGGGCAUGCCUAUAGCAUGUAUCUUCUCUGCUUAUGUGGAUGUUCUAUUGUCUCAUUAGAUUUUACUUACUAAGUGUAAGCUCAAAGAUAAAAUUAUUAAGAAUUUCAAGAUGGCCGUAAGAACCAAACAAACCCAUUGCUGCCAAGUCAAUUCUGACUCAUGACAACUCCAUGUGUUACAAAGUAGAACUGCUCCUUAUGGUUUUUUUGGUUGUAAUCUUACAGAAUCAGAUUGCCAGGCCAUUCUUUUGCUGUGUGUCUGGGUGAGUUCAAACUGCCUUUAGGUUAGCAGCUGAUCACAAACUGCCUACUCCACCUGGGGACCUAAGGUUGUCAUAACAGACAAGUAUAGGGUAUUUCUGAGCAUGAGACCUUGCGUACCUGUGUAGGUCACAUGCCUGUGAAACUGUCCCUGCCCGAAAGGAUUGGAGUGAAAUGAUACUGUGCAUUGAGAGCACAGGCUGCCGUAUUUCACUUUGUGUUAAUUCAUAGUAUAGGAAGGACUAGUGCCAGUCCUUCUCUUCCUGUUUUGCUAAUAAUAGGAGGAACCUUAAAGAUUAAGGCAGCUCGAGAUGCUGAGUCAACACAUGAAGGACAGCUGCCUUAGUCACCUGAAUUCACAGCGAACUUUGAAUAAAUUGGGAAAUAAACUUAGGGGUUGUUAUUUCAGCAUCACUGAGCAUGUUUCGACUGAUACAGUUUGUGAAUUUUCAAAAUGAAUGUGGUAUUUGAAGCCCAAGCCUUUGAGGACCAGAACAAAAACAAAAACCAAACCCAUUGUCAUCAAGUCAAUUUUAACUCAUAGUGACCCUGUAGGACAGGGUAGAACUGCCCCAUAGAGUUUCCAAGGCUGUAAAUCUUCAUGGAAGCAGACCGCCACAUCUUUCUCCCAUGGAGCGGCUGGAAGGUUCUAACUGCCAACCUUUGGAUUCAUAGCUGAGUGCUUAACCCCUGUGCCACCAGGGCUCCCAGUACAGUAAUAUAUCACAGUUUUUGGACCUGUGGGAUAUACUUGGUACUCCCAACAAACAAAUGAACUCACUCACAAAUCAUUAAGUAAAUACCUGUUUGCUGCUUGAUAAUGGAAGAAUCAAGAGUUCUCUAGCAAAUCUUGUAUCAUAGAACUGUUCAAAUACAGAGGCAGUUUUGGUUAUUUAGUUACAAUGCAGAUGAGGAAAGUGUGGCUUGAGUAAUUUGGGAGCCCCUGUAGUUUACAGAAGUCAUUAAAAAACAAAAACAGGAACUAUUGAUAAUGUCUGGCUGUUUUAGCCAACAAAUUGCUUCCGAAAGAAGCAGAAUUUAAAUUUCCUUCUACCAUCACUGGUGAGGGUUCUAAUUAAUACGUAGUGAAAUGGCCCAAAAGGGUUAUCAGAUGAAGAAAGAAAGAAAAGGCUCGAAAUAAUGCGAAAAACCUUUGGUGAGCCUUUGGCUGAACAUUUAAGUCAUUUAGUUUGGAAAUCUUAUAUAUUUGUAAAUUAGCUUUGAGAACAGAGGGCACAGCUCCACUUGCUUUUGAUCAUAUAAAUUCAGUUGAUUUACUCAUAUGAAGGGAUGCCAUUUUUUUAAACCUUUAAGCUAUUUUAAAAGGUGAUUGACAUGUAAAAUUUAAGAUAUGUGUAUACUUUUAUACAUGCUUUCAUGCCUUUUACUAAAAUUCUGAAUGUAUGCUUAUUCAGUACAUAUUUAUGCUGAACACAUGGUUUAUAAUAAAAUACCCUGAUAAUGUAAUAAUAUUAUAUUAUUAAGUUGAACAGUUGUCAAACUAUUCAUUCGUUUUUUUCAAUAUAUUAUUGACUGUCUCUUAUGAGUCAGACACUGUUCUAGCCACUGGGGGGACUGGUUAAGAAGACAGAUAAGGUUUAACUCCCAUAUAGCAUAUAAUUUAGUAACUGUUGUUUGCCUGAUACAUGUCUGACACUGAACUAUAGAUACAGUGCUCCAAAAUUUAUGAUUUAUGAUUUUUGGAUAGAAACAAUAAAAUGACCAGAAAGAGUUAAAUUAUAAUGUAUAGACUCACAAAAGCAAUGAAAAUGUAAGAGGAGAUGACAGCAGAUGAGAGAUGUCAAAAUAUAGGAAACUGAAAAGUAAAUGAAAAAGUGUUGACUGAUUUAACAGGGCAGAGCUAGCUGAAAUACAACAUAGCAGUAGAGAAGCCAGUAAGAAAUUCACAGAUUUGAUUUGUGGGACUUGGAAAUGCUCAGAAAUUUGGGGGGAGCUUGCAUCUCUGAAGGCAGGGGUAUGUAAUGGGUCUGAAAACAGGAGGAUUGACAGGAGCAGUUAAAACCCCAUAUCUACCCUAUGCUUUGUAGCCAGGUGACUGAAUAUUUCACUGUGGCGGAAGUAUAGAAAUUUCCUCCCUGGAGAGGUUGAACCAGAAAGAUUUUGGACAUGGGACACCAGGGACAAAUGAGAGCAGGGGAGAGACUGUACUGAAAACGGAGAAAUCGAAUGAAGUUUUACUGAGUGGUGAGCUCCCUUCUGUAUACACCAGCUCCCAUUUCCCACUUAAGUCUCAGAAUGCUUACAGCCAGAUGUACACUCAGCAGGCUAGGUUAGAGAAUUUUUAUUUAGAGAAACUGAAUGACCUAAGAAAAAAAGGCCUGUAGAUACUGACAUUUUGGCUGACAAAUGAAACAGCCUAGAAUCCAUCUGAUCAUCCUAUAGUGAAACCCAUCUCUCCUCCCCUUCAGUGUAAUGGAUAACUAAGAAUCUCCAGGUAUUUAUGGGAAAGCAAGAGAAAACAUACACAAAAAAGGAACUCAGGAAGGAAACAAUGCAAGGAGUAGAAUAAAAUUUCCAAAAAACUACUUGUGUUCUUAGAAAAAAGAGAUGAUAACCAUGAGACAAAAUCCUAUAAAAGGAAUAAUCAGAGUUCUUAGAAAUGAGAAUAUGAUAGUCCCUUAAAAAAUGGUGGAAGGGUUUGAAGAUAAAAUUGAGGAAAUCACCUAGGAAGGAACACAAAAAAAGAGAUGCAAAAUUGGAGAGAACAUGUAAGAAAAUUGGAGGAUCAAUUCAGGAGUUCCUAAGUCCAAUUAAUUGGAUCUAUAGAAAGAACAGAGAAGAUGGAAGAGAGGAAAUUAUAAAAGAUGUAAUGCAAGAAAUAAGUUCCAGAACUGAGGGAUCUGAGUUUACAGAUUAUAAGAGCCAGCUGAAUGUCCAGCAAAAUGAAUGAAGAAUGGGAAAUUUCGUAACACUGUGCCAAGGAAAAUAUCCUGAAAACUUCCAUAGAGAACAGAACAGUUCAGUAAAAAAUCUCAUAAAAUUUACCUUUUAUUGGGGCUUCAGAGGGUCAAAUAAAUACCAUUCCUUUCCCUUCCCGAUGGCAGCGGGUUUGGUUCCCUUCCUGAACUCUAAGCGAACUGGGAGAGGCAGAGGAAGCAUAUGAACUAGGCAUUACAUUUAUUAUUGAUGAGGCUCAUUUUGGAGAAAGAGGCUUUUUUGAAUACUGAAUGCCAGAAAUAGGCAGACUUUCCCACUCAAGCACAGGCAAAACUGAACAACUGCAGGCCUCUCUGUGUGAGGUUUGUACCUGUAAGCCUUGGAUACAGAGAACAGAAUGAAAUUUGCCUCCUUGUGGGCAGAUGGAUCCAAAGAGAAAGGAAAGGGGGAAUAGGCUAUGUUUUGUCAAGAUAAUUUUUCUGAUUUUACUCAUCAACUGUGUUAUGAUAAAAGGAAGCAUCAUAAGUGGGGUGUAGUUGUUUUUUUUGAUAUCUGUCAUGUUUCCUUUCUUAGAAAUCUUCUGGUAGAUAUGCUCUUCCAAGGAGGAGUAGUAAGUGAGUGAAGAGGGAAACGGAAAAAUCAGCGUGAGAAGGGAAGGGAGUUGACAGAAUGAUAGUGAAAGGAAGUCUCGGGGUGACAACUGUGGUAGAAGUCUAGAAGUGAUCAGAGAACCCUAGACAAAGGACGUCAAAAGGAGAACGCACGUGAUUACUUGAUGUGUUUGAACAUAUUUGAGAGUUUUGUCAUUGAGUUACUGAUAAACCAGUUGCUGUUCUGUAGAUUCUGACUCAUGACAACCCCAUUUGUUGCAGGGUAGAACUGCUUUCUAUAGGGUUUUCAUGGCUGUGACCUUUUGGAAGCAGAUCUCCAGGCUUUUCUUCCAAGGAAGCCAGUGGUUUUCUUGCCUAAACUGGAUUGGAAGCAGUUCAUACUACUGGAGAUCUGCCUUUUACAAUAUCGCAUUUAAAAGGAAGCAGGUUUUCAAAUAAUGGAAGAGUCUAAGACCUCUAAAAAUGAAAAUCAUGAACCAAAGAAGAAUGCUUGGGCUAUUUGUGAAGAAAACAAAGCAGUAAAAGUAAUAAAUAAUCAGACUUUGAAAACUAGGAAUGAUAAAUCCGUAAAAGAAAUUGGGACCAGCUCUUCAAAUAGGAAUAGUAGUAAAAAAAGUAAGCAAAAUGAUAUUUGUAUAGAAAAAACAGAAGUUAAAUCAUGCAAGGCAAAUGCUGCCAGUGUUCCAGGCCCUAAAGAUUUGGGAUUGGUUCUUCGAGAUCAAAGUCAUUGCAAAGCAAAAAAAUCACCUAAUUCACCAGUGAAAGCUGAAAAGGCACCUACUUCACAGGCAAAAAUGGAAAAAAUACCCAGUUUACAGGCAAAAGCAGAAAAAUCACCAAAGUCACCUAAUUCAUCCGUGACAGCAGAAAAGGCACCCGAUUUACAGACAGCAGCAGAAAAGGCACUUAGUUUCCAGAGAAAAGGAGAGAAAGUACCCCUUUCUCAGAUGAAAUCAGAAAAGAUGCCCAGUACACCAGCAGAAGCAGAAAACGUGCCUAGUUUACUAUUGAAAGAAAACAUGAGACAGAUGGAAUUACAGCAGGUUGGAAAAAAAAUUCCAGGCCCCAUUACGUCUGUGAACAAAGUGAAUAUUGAAGUUGUACAGGGGGAAAAAUCUGCCCUGAAAGACUCACUAAAAUCUCAGAAACGACAAACAUGUGCAGAUAAUAUUGGGGACUCUGACGAUAGUGCUUCAGGAAUUGAGGACAUACCAGAUGAUUUGAGUAAAAUGAAGAAUGAUGAAUCAAAUAAAGAAAAUUCAUCAGAGAUGGAGUAUUUAGAAAAUGCCACUGUGAUAGAUGAAUCUACAUUGACACCUGAACAGAGACUAGGCUUGAAACAAGCUGAAGAACGCUUAGAAAGAGAUCACAUCUUUCGACUUGAAAAACGCUCACCAGAAUAUACCAAUUGCCGGUAUCUAUGCAAACUUUGCCUAAUUCACAUUGAAAACAUACAGGCAGCUCAUAAACAUAUAAAGGAGAAACGACAUAAGAAAAAUAUUCUGGAAAAACAGGAAGAAAAUGAGCUUCGUUCUCUGCCACCUCCUUCCCCUGCCCACUUGGCUGCUUUAAGUGUUGCAGUUAUUGAAUUAGCAAAAGAACAAGGAAUAACAGAUGAUGAACUCAGAGUUCGGCAGGAAAUUGUGGAGGAAAUGUCGAAGGUUAUAACAACAUGUUUACCAGAAUGCUCACUUAGGUUAUAUGGCUCGUCACUGACCAAGUUUGCUCUGAAAAGUAGUGAUGUUAAUAUAGAUAUAAAAUUUCCUCCCAAGAUGAGUCAUCCAGAUCUUCUAAUACAAGUGCUUGGGAUUUUAAAAAAAAAUGUGUCAUAUGUAGAUGUGGAAUCUGAUUUUCACGCUAAAGUUCCUGUUGUGGUGUGCAAAGAUCGGAAAAGUGGUUUACUUUGUAGAGUGAGUGCAGGAAAUGAUAUGGCAUGCCUCACUACUGAUUUACUUGCUGCUCUUGGCAAAAGGGAACCUGUCUUUACUCCCUUGGUGUUAGCUUUUCGCUACUGGGCAAAGUUGUGCCAUAUUGACUCUCAAACCGAUGGUGGAAUCCCUUCUUACUGUUUUGCUUUAAUGGUGAUGUUUUUUCUACAACAAAGAAAACCUCCUCUUCUUCCUUGCUUACUUGGAAGUUGGAUUGAAGGCUUUGACCCAAAAAGAAUGGAUGACUUUCAGCUGAAGGGCAUAGUAGAAGAGAAGUUUGUGAAGUGGGAAUAUAAUUCAAGUAGUGCAACUGAGAAAAACUCAAUUGCUGAGGAAAACAAAGCUAAGGCAGACCAACCAAAAGAUGAUACCAAGAAGACAGAAACAGACAACCAAAGUAAUGCCAUGAAGGAAAAACAUGGCAAAUCUCCUUUAACAUUGGAAACACCAAAUCAGGUGUCCUUGGGACAGUUAUGGUUAGAGCUACUAAAGUUUUACACACUGGAUUUUGCUUUGGAGGAGUAUGUCAUAUGUGUACGGAUAAAAGAUAUUUUAACAAGAGAGAACAAAAACUGGCCUAAAAGGCGAAUAGCCAUUGAAGAUCCAUUUUCAGUCAAGAGGAAUGUUGCACGGAGCUUAAACAGCCAGCUUGUUUAUGAAUAUGUUGUGGAAAGGUUCAGGGCAGCUUAUCGGUAUUUUGCCUGUCCUCAGAGGAAGGGUGGAAAUAAGUCUGCAGUGGAUUCCAAGAAAAAAGAAAAGGGAAAAGUAAGCAAUAAGAAACCAGUGAAGUCUGACAAUAUGGCAGCCAACUGUUGCAUUCUGCUUGGAGAACGCACGGAAAAAAUAAAUGCAGAAAGAGAUCAACCUGAUAAAUGUGAUGAAAUGGAACGUACAUCACAGCAUUGUAUUACUGACAGUGAUUUGGUAAAUGAACCAAAUUUGGCUGAACAUGGCCAGGAAUCUUCAUCUCUCAUUACCACUGAAGGCAGUCAAUUACAGCCCAAAUCAAUUAAGAAACAAGAUGAUUUAGCGCCUUCAGAAACUUGUUUGAAAAAGGGGCUCAGCCAGUGUGAUUGCAAUGAACAUAAGUCCCCUGACCCAGGUGAAUCUGCCAGUACUGACUGCAGGUCAAAUUUAGGAACACAGAGUUCACAUCAGAUUGUGUGCACUGACAAGUCUGCUACCUCUUGCAACUGCAAAGCUACAGAAGAUUCUUUUGACCUUAAUGAUGAUAACCUCCUCACCGAGGAAUUAUAUUAUGUGUUUGAUAAGUUUAUUUUAACCUCUGGCAAGCCGCCAACAAUAGUAUGCAGCAUCUGCAAAAAGGAUGGCCAUUCAAAAAAUGAUUGCCCAGAGGAUUUCAGGAAAAUUGAUCUAAAACCUCUACCACCGAUGACAAACCGGUUUCGGGAAAUACUUGAUUUAGUAUGUAAGAGGUGUUUUGAUGAGUUAUCACCACCUUUCUCUGAACAACACAACAGAGAGCAGAUUUUAAUUGGUUUGGAAAAGUUUAUUCAAAAAGAAUAUGAUGAUGUAGUCAAUUUGAUUCGUGUGUAUUCCAUCUGGCGAAGUCCACGUGUAUGGUCGCUGUUUAUGUUGUUGAAAAAGACAGUAUUUGCAAUGAAAGAAGUUGUUGGUCUUGCAAAAUUCUGUCAUGCGAUCUCCGGCGUCACUUCUAUCACCAAGACCAUAUUUUCCAACUACCGAUCCUUCUUUGUUUCCAACUUUUGCAUUCUGAUCACCGAAAAGGCAAGAUUGUGCUUAUUUGGCUCUUCUAAGAAUGGAUUUGGAUUUCGUGAUAGUGAUCUGGAUAUUUGUAUGACUCUGGAAGGCCAUGAAAAUGCAGAGAAAUUAAAUUGUAAGGAAAUAAUUGAAAAUUUGGCAAAAAUUCUUAAGAGACAUCCAGGUUUAAGAAACAUUUUGCCUAUAACUACUGCCAAAGUGCCUAUAGUAAAAUUUGAGCACAGACGAAGUGGGUUAGAAGGUGAUAUCAGUUUAUAUAAUACAUUGGCUCAGCAUAACACAAGAAUGCUAGCUACUUAUGCAGCUAUUGAUCCUAGAGUGCAGUACUUGGGAUAUACUAUGAAAGUGUUCGCUAAGCGAUGUGACAUUGGAGAUGCUUCCAGGGGAAGUUUAUCUUCGUAUGCGUAUAUCCUCAUGGUGCUGUACUUUCUGCAGCAGAGAAAACCACCUGUUAUCCCAGUUCUACAAGAGAUCUUUGAUGGAAAACAGAUUCCACAGAGAAUGGUUGAUGGAUGGAAUGCCUUUUUCUUUGAUAAAACAGAAGAACUGAAAAAGCGUUUACCUUCACUUGGAAAGAACACAGAAACAUUAGGAGAGCUUUGGUUGGGACUGCUUCGCUUCUAUACUGAAGAGUUUGAUUUCAAGGAAUAUGUAAUUAGCAUUCGGCAGAAAAAGCUGUUGACAACUUUUGAGAAGCAGUGGACAUCCAAAUGCAUUGCAAUUGAAGACCCUUUUGACUUGAAUCAUAACCUCGGUGCUGGAGUUUCUAGAAAAAUGACCAAUUUCAUCAUGAAGGCAUUUAUCAACGGAAGGAAACUUUUUGGUACCCCAUUUUAUCCCCUCAUUGGCAGAGAAGCUGAGUACUUCUUUGAUUCCAGAGUAUUAACAGAUGGAGAACUGGCUCCCAAUGAUCGAUGUUGCCGCGUGUGUGGGAAAAUAGGGCACUACAUGAAAGACUGCCCUAAGAGGAGAAGCAGUUUACUGUUUAGACUAAAGAAGAAAGACAGUGAAGAAGAGAAGGAAGGGAAUGAAGAAGAUAAAGACUCCCGAGAUCUUCUUGACCCCCGAGACCUCCACGACAAUCGAGACUAUAGAGACCCCAGAGACCUCAGAUGUUUUAUUUGUGGAGAUGCAGGACAUGUACGAAGGGAGUGCCCAGAGGUCAAGCUGGCCCGUCAAAGGAAUAGCAGUGUGGCAGCAGCCCAGCUGGUCCGAAACCUUGUAAAUGCCCAGCAAGUGGCCGGUUCAACUCAGCAACAGGGGGAUCAGCCUAUAAGGACUAGACAGUCCUCAGAGUGUUCUGAUUCACCAUCUUAUUCCCCUCAGCCUCAGCCAUUUCCACAGAACUCUUCCCAAUCAGCUGCUAUUACUCAGCCUCCAUCACAGCCAGGAUCCCAACCGAAGCUUGGCCCACCUCAGCAGGGAGCCCAGCCCCCACAUCAGGUCCAGAUGUCUAUGUAUAACUUCCCCCAAUCACCACCAGCUCAGUAUUCUCCCAUGCACAAUAUGGGGUUAUUGCCAAUGCAUCCUCUCCAAAUCCCUGCUCCAUCCUGGCCCAUCCAUGGCCCAGUGAUGCAUUCUGCACCAGGCAGUGCCCCCAGCAGUAUUGGCCUGAACGAUCCCAGCAUCAUCUUUGCACAGCCUGCUGCCAGACCUGUGGCGAUCCCUAGCUCCUCUCAUGAUGGACACUGGCCUCGUACUGUGGCUCCAAAUUCCCUGGUGAACAACGGUGCAGUCAGGAAUUCCGAGCCAGGCUUUCCAGGACUAAAUCCUCCAAUUCCUUGGGAACAUGCACCACGUCCCCAUUUCCCCCUUGUCCCAGCUUCGUGGCCUUAUGGUUUGCAUCAAAACUUCAUGCAUCAGGGAAAUGCCAGAUUUCAGCCCAACAAACCUUUCUAUACUCAAGCUGGUCUACCGAUGCACAGCAACCAGCCAAUCCUGCUGUCUCAAGGGUAUCCGUACCUCAGUGUCAGUUACAUUCAGCAGAAAAAGUGACAUUUAAUGGAAAGCAAAACAAAUCAGGUCCUGAUUCAAAAUUUUAACACGUUUAGAUAGAUUAUUUAAAUUCUAAGACUGUUUUUAAAGACUGUAUUAUUUGUAUAUAAAUAUGAACUAUAGUUUUUACCAGUAUCACCAAAUUGAGUGAUACAAAUUUCAUCUAUUUUAUUACCCUAUUUUUAAGGGAAUUUUAUGUUUUGUUUAACCUUGAUGAAUUGUAUAAAGAGAGAAUUUUAAAAAGUACAUUCUUUAUUUUCUAUUAGCUGUAUUCAUACUUCGGUUGCUUCAGACUUUAUAUAUAUUGUUCUUAAGAAUUAGGAAAGAAUUUCAUGUGUUUUAAAUUUGUCACUUCUAUUCUUUACAGAACCUUGUAGUGCCAAAAAACUUUUUAAAAGGUAAAAAAAAAAUAAAAAUAAUAAAAGUACAACACAAAUCCAGAUUUUCUUCUUCUUUUACAUACUUAUAUACUGAAAAUAUUCACACUUGAAAGUUGCUUGUCUGUAUUUGAAGUAACUCUAUUUUAAGGUAAUAUAUUUUUUUGAAAAUAAUUUGGUUAGUUCAUCUGGUUGUUUAGGUGACAGAAAUAUAACAAUUCAGAGAUUAGUUUCCUUCUCAGCGGAUAUAAGUAUUCUAAAUCACACUUAGAGGCUCAAGGACCUUUUCAUGACCUUUAUUUUACUGGACUCUAACAAAUAUAUGAGGUAGACAGAAGCAGAUAACUUUUCUCCAUUUUAUCAUUGCGAAAACUAAGGAGCAAAACAGUGGAGUGACUUCCAAAGGUAGCACACUUACAGGUGGAAAUAGAUUUGAAACAAAGGUCUUUUGAAGUAGCGUUUUUAAACAUUGAGACUAAUGCUAAUAGAGUGGAAGGAAGAGAAUGUUGUUCGGUGCCGUCAAGUUGGUUCCGACUCAUAGUGACCCUGUGUACAACAGAACAAAACACCGCCUGGUUCUAUGCUAUCCUCACAAUCAAUUGCUGUUUGAGCCCACUGUUGCAGCCAGUGUGCCAGUCCAUCUCGUUGAGGGUCUUCCUCUUUUUCACUGACCCUCUACCAAGCAUGAUGUCCUUCUCCAGGGACUGGUCCCUCCUGAUAACAUGUCCAAAGUACAUGAGAUAAAUUCUUGCCAUCCUCGCUUGUAAUGAGCAUUCUGGCAGUACUUCCUCCAAGACACAUUUGUUCAUUCUUCCAUAUACUUACUUAUUAAGGACCUAAUAUGUGCCAUUUGACUGUGUGGAUCAUAACAAAUUAUGGAUAACAUUGCAAAGGAUGGGAAUUCCAGAACACUUAAUUGUGCUCAUGGGGAACCUGUACAUAGGUCAAGAGGCAAUCGUUCCAACAGAACAAGGGGAUACUGCAUGGUUUAAAAUCAGGAAAGUGUGCAUCAGGGUUGUAUCCUUUCAACAUACUUAUUCAAUCUGUAUGCUGAGCAAAUAUUCCGAGAAGCUAAGCUAUAUGAACAACACUGCAUCAGGAUUAGAGGACGACACAUUAACACCCUGUAAUAUGCAUGACCAUACCUUGCUUGCUGAAAGUGAAGAGGACUUGAAGCACUUACUGAUGAAGAUCAAAGACUGCAGCCUUCAGUACGGAUUACACCUCAACAUAAAGAAAAAUCUUCACAGCAGGACCAAUAAGCCACAUGUUGAUAAACGGAGAAAAGAUUGCAGUUGUCAAGGAUUUCAUUUUACUUGGAUCCACAAUUAACGCCCACGGAAGCAGCAGGCAGAAAAUCAGACAACACGUUGCAUUGGCCAAAUCUGUGGCAAAAGAUCUCUUUAAAGCGUUAAAAAACAAAGAUGUCACUUUGAGGACUAAAGUGCUCCUGACCCAAGCCAUGAUAUUUUCAGUUGCCUCAUAUGUAUGGGAAAGCUGGACAAUGAAUAAGGAAGACUGAAGAAUUGAUGCCUUUGAAUUAGGGUGUUGGUGAAGAAUACUGAAUGUACCACGGACUGCCAGAAGAACGAACAAAUCUGUCUUGGAAGAAAUACAGCCAGAAUGCUCCUUAGAAGGGAGGAUGGCAAGACUUCCUCUUACAUACACUAUGGACAUGUUGUCAGGAGAGAUCAGUCCCUGGAGAAGGAUGUCAUACUUUGUAGAAAGGGUCAGCAGAAAAAGGGAAGACCCUUAAUGAGAUGGAUGGACACAGUGGUUUCAACAGUGGGUUCAAGUAUAACGAUUGUGAGAAUGGCACAGGACAGGCGGUGUUCUGUUGCACACAGGGUCGCUAUGAGUUGGAACCAAGUGGAUGGCACCUAACAACAUGAUGUGUCAGACUGUAUACCCAUUCCGAAUCCUGUACUACCACCUGGAAAACAAAUCUGGUAGGAUGCCAACUGGUUACCAAUACUGCUUGUAUAAUCAGUAACUACAGAAUUGUUGGAAUUUAGACUUCUGCUGUUGUUGGCAGAUAACACUUAGGUUAUUUUGUCUAAUCUGUUAAACAGAGUUGCCAGGAAUUUUAGGCUAAAUUAUACUACAGAUGUAUUUGGAAAUGUACAGAAUAAGAAAAUGUAUUUGAAGGAUAGUGAUUGUAUUUUCUUUGUCCUGCUUCCUGGGAUAUGUGUUGCUUAGAGUACCUGGGAUUCUGCCGUGUUUUCUAACAGAGACAAAGCUUUAAGUCUAUUGUGGGAAAUUGAGGGUUUUCAUUGCCUGAGCCUGAAAAGGCAUUUAUUAAAUGCUACAACUAGGUAUAUUUACUGUUAGCUUUUAUAUUAAAGCAUUAUAACUUCAGCAUCCCUUAGGAUGCUACUACAUUUAAAGUCAGCUUAUUUGCUUUCUUAAUGAGAUACCUGGCCCAGCUUAUGCUUUUGUUAAAAUACGACUUGGAGCAUUCAAGAUUUUAAAUUUCAUGUUUAUCAUCUCCUUCCAGCUCUUGGAGAAGUAGCAGGUUUGCUAUAAAAUGUGAGGCCAUCUUAUUUCCCCAUCACACAGACGAUUUCUCUGCUUGGGUGCUCACCUAAUUUAUCCUUUAAAUUCAGGAUAAUUUUUUAUAAGAUUACUUUGCAUAUGCUGGGUUUUCUUUCAGGUAUUUUCUACAUUAUUUCUCUAGCUUUUAUCACUUUAUUCUUUUCCAUUUCUUAUUUCUUCCUGCCCAUCUUCUCUGUGCCUUUGUAUUUUGUAGCUUCUGAUAAGGCUUUCAUUUCUGCAAUUUUAAAAAUCUUCAAGUUGCACCAGUUUAUUUUGUCUUAUCUUUUAAUCUCUUCUUUAAAUCCAUGUACUUGAAAUUUUUUAACAGCUUAUGCUGUCUGCUGUAUCUUUUUCUGAGUCUGUACAGAAUUUACUUCAUAUUCCUUUAACUUCUGGGGCCCUGGUGGUGCAGUGGUUAAGAGCUCAGGCUGCUAACCAAAAGGUUGGCAGUUUGAAUCCACCAGCCACUCCUUGGAAACCCUGUCAGGCAGUUCUACUCCGUUGUCCUGUAGGGUCGCUAUGAGUCAGAAUCGACUGGACGGCAAUGGGUUUGGUUUGUUUUUUGGGUGGGGGGGGGAGUGGCAUUUUAUGAUCAUUCUUUUCUGAUUAAUGCUUAAUUUUAAUGAGGUCUAGCUACUGAAGAAUAAUGGGAAGGGGCUAAGGAAAUUAUUAAUUUGGGUUGUUGUAUUGAUGCCUUCUCACCAAAUCCAUUAUUCCCUCUGCUUCUGGAACACAUUUCCCAGCAUCAUGCCUCAUGGCAAACCUCUUUAAAAAGCGGUGUUUUUCAGACAGUGGGAAAUGAAAUCAAUUUAGUGGUUUGCACCUAAUAUUAAAAAAACUGAAAUUGAAUAGGAAAUGUCAAGAACGUACUUUGCAUAAGGGAUAAGAAUUACUUCAUGAAAUUUCAGCACAUAAUAUGCAAAAUGUAACUAUAAUUUAUCAAAAUGGUUUCUAGAGAGAUGUUCAACAUGUCCCACCAACUUUUAACCUCUUUGUUCUAAUUAGAGAAUAUGGAUGAUCUGCUGCCUGCUACAGGUUGGCUAUGGUGCCUCAGUUUUGGUCCAGAUUUAACCAUAUGUCUAAAGUGUGCUUUCAGGUUUGUUUUAGGGAGGUUUAUUUCUCUAUUAAAAAUUUUUUGGUGACUUUUUAAAUUUUUUAUGAAGGUACUGAAUGAUGACAUGUAGUAAAUUUGGUUGGACCAUGGAUCAUUCCUCCAGAAGGAAUUUCUUUCCACCCAAAUCACUUUGAUAAAUAACUGCUAGUACUCUAUUAGACUUAAAUAGAUAUGCUUUUAUCUAAUUUUUAAAGGUAGUCCCCUAUAUAUAUAGCUACAUUACAAACAUGUAAUAGCUCUUAUGGACAACCUUUGCCAACUCAGGUAGUAUCAUGAGGGAAUCACAGAAGAAUAUGAGAGCUCUAAUGUGACCCAAAAAUUCUGUAAUACUGCUGUGAAGGAUUUGUGUCUACUAAGUUUCUUCAGCUCAGUAGCAAAUAAUAGAAUGUUUACUCUGUGAUCUGAUGACUUCCCAAGAAACAAUCCGGUGAGGCAGCUGGUCUUAACGUUUCCUGCUGGGACUAGUGUUGAAAGAAUAACUUUUUCCUUUUCGAAGGAGAUGAUAAGUAUAAAUAGAAGUAACUGAUAUAGUAAAAAUUAUACCCUCUUUUGAUUAUUGAUGCUCAUGGAUACUUCUCAGUGCUUACUUUGCUUAGACCCUUGGCUUGUCUGACCUACUCUCCUACCUUGCUGAAUGGUUCAUUUCACUUUUCGAUUGGUGGCUGCUUUUCCUCCUUAAACCAGUGUUGGUGCUGCCCACAGUUUUGCUGUUCACGCACACUCCCUGGACAAUCUCAUCGAAUUACACACCUUCCACAAUUACCUAAAAUUUGUCAAUUCCAUCUUAGAUCACUAUGCUGAACUCCAGUAUGUAUUUCCAGCUGUCUGGACUUUAUCUAGAUAUGCCAUACUAAAAACUAGCCACCUUUGAGUUGAUUCUCACAGCAACCCAUGUGUGUCAAGAGUAGAACUGUAUUCCAAAGGGUUUUUAAUGGCUUUUUUCAGAAACAGAUCACCAGUUAUUUCUCCUGAGACGCCCCUGGGUAGACUCAAAACUGCCAACCUUUCCGUUAGCAGCCAAGCACAUUAAUCGUUUGUACCACCCAGGGACUCCAGAUUUACCAUUGAUGUCUCAAAUUAAACUUACUAAACCAAAUGUAUCAUUUUCACCACCACCUUUCUUGAUUCUGUGUCCCUUCUAAACUUAGUCUCUUCCUGAUGUAUUUUCUGAAGUUGUGAAUCACACCACUGUCCAUCUAUUUAAGUCAAAACUAUGUUAGCAUUACACCCUUCCCUCUCUAUCAAACCUUUUUCAGUUCUGUUGCCCUAGUAUUACUGAUUAGGCUUGGAUGAAGUCAACACUUGUAGGAUAAAAGGUGAGCUCCUUAACCUGGAAUUCAAGGCUCGUAGGGAAGAACAAUACUGUGCUAUAUAAAGGAUGUUUAGUGUUACUGUUGUGCUGUUCAGUGAAACUGGACUAAGUGAUUCAGAAGGAGCCUUACGUUUGAUUGCAUUUUGCUCCUGCAAAGCUGCUGCUAAAUAGUCAGUUUACAUGGUCAUUACCACUUGCUGCUGUGAGUUAGUUAGGAGUUAAUAUGUUUUACUGAUUUGAUCUUUGAAUAACAGCAGCAGCACAAAUCCCAGGAGUCUCAAAGCAGUUCCAUCACAAAGCAAACUAAAGAAUAAACUACAGAAAAAUGGGAAAUAGGUGUGUCAGGUUUAAUAACAAAAAAAGGGUCGCCAGAUUGCCACAUCCUUUCCCUGUCAUCCAUAUACCCCCCCCCAAUAUUAUUCCUAUCUUCAUAAAUCUAUCUGGCUACAGUUAAGGCUGGGUGUACAUAAUAGGUCAAAAGCAGCCCUCAGGAAGCAUUAUCUCCCAAACAUGUGAGUUAGGAUUCAAAAAGGACUCUCUUCACAACAUCAGCACCUCUUUCCUUUUUUUUUUUUUUAAAAAAAAAAGGGGGGGUGGAAAAUCUGGGUAAGAAAAAAUUAAAAAUAUUCUCAUAGCUGCCUAGGGAACAAAUCUUAAUCCUUCCACAUAGAUACUCUCCUAGCCACAGGAGGCCAUCUGGACUAAAAUCAAACUGAGUCCAUUAUUCAUUCCCUCUCCGGCUCUUCUUGUGGCUUUUCUUAGACCUGAAAUGGUAACACAUAGAAAUCAUUUGAUUAAGCAGCUGUUCAAGGAGCUGGGCAAAGACUACAAGACAUGAUGAGGAUGACACUGAAUAUUCAAUAAAUACACCCGGUGUUCUUUAUGUCUCAGAGCAACCCUGUGCGUCAGGGCAUUGCUAUCUAAAAUUUACCACUGAGGAAAUGGCCUCUGAGAGGUUAAAAGUGUACCUAACAGUGUAUGGUAUAUAGAGGUUUCUAAGGAAAGCCUAUUGAAAGAAAGUGACUUUCCAAGUUGGGACUUAGACCCUUUGUUCUCUUCUGAAAACAAAGCUCAUGCCCUUUCCACCAUUCAAAGUUGCAGUCUCAUAAGAAAAAAAAUUCUCAGGGCUGUAAGACAGUUUUGUCCUGAAAUGAAGAAGAAUCUUUUAAAACAAAAUUUGUAUGUUCAACUUGAUUGUGAUUGGGAUUUUAAUUUCUAAAUUAAGAGUGAAGUUCUUAACAUGAAACAGAGGCCAUUACAUACCUUUCAGGGGACUUUGAGUGGCUCCUGUGUCUGUGACUACGGUGAUGACCUGGGGAAGAAAAGUCCAUUGGAUGAGUGAGAUUCUACUCUUGCCCUCAUCCACUAUCAUUCUCACCUACCCCACACUCCCUUCCACUGACUUAGUAUUUUCUUGGCCUGCUCUGGGUAUACUACCUCUUGUAAGUGAACUGACGAUGAGGGAAGUAGUAAUGAAACCACUUCAUAUGCGUGAAGGGCUUUAUGGGUAUCAUGUUGGGUUUUACCAUUACUCUGUGGGAUUUAUUCCUAUAAUUUCAGAUGAAGAAACUGAAGCCCAACAUCGUAUCAGCAAAGCUAGUAAGGUUCCAAAUUCCUAGUUCGGUUCCUUUUCUGCUAGGCAAUAAUAUAGUCAGGCCACACUCACACUGUAGGAAGCUACCGGCUCUUCUUAGGUUUCUUUGUUAAGACAACCAACGGCAAAAGGCCCAAAUGCUAUACCUGGGGACUUAGAGCGGGAUCUGUGCCGUCGAUCUCGGGACCUACUGCGGUGACGUCUCGGGCUCUUGCUCCUAUGCCUUUCUCGGCGAGGGGAGGGGCUGUGGAAAAGACUGGUCAGACCCCCUGAUAAUGUGCAAUAUAUACACUACAACAGACAACACACAGCCCCAACCCCUAUCUUUCAUCACAAAUGACUGAAAGCCUACCUCCUCCUUUUGGGAGACCGACUCCGCCUAUAGGGAAAGAAACAACAGGAGAGAGAGAGCUUAGUGGAUGCACUGGAUGUUAUAGAUUACAAAAUGUCCCCAAUUCUUCCUUAUCUCUGUGUCCAUGUCCUUUGCAAGAGAACUUUGUAGCACCCUCCCGCGCUAACUCUGGGAUUGGCCAUUUGACUUGGUUUCGUCAAUGGGAUAUCUGCAACUGUGAUGCAAGUAGAUGAUGGAAAAACACUAGCAUGACUGGGCUUGUUUGCUCUCAAACUCUGCCAGUGCCAUGAGAACAUACCUAUAGGAUGAGGAGAUGUAUGGACAAGAGAUGAGUUGCCCCAGACAUCCCAGCGAAGGCCAUCCUGUAUCAGCCAACAGCUGAUCGCAAGGCAUGUGACUGAACCUAGCUUUACUCAAAAACUGCCCAGCCAAGCUCAGCUGACCAUAGACUUAUAAGCUAAUAAAUGGUUAUUUUUGUCUGCAUUGAGGUUUUUGUGGGUCACUGUUCUGUGAUGGUAGAUAACUAACCCACUGGGCAAAGAAACACUUUCCAUAGGCAGGGCAUCUUUCCUUCCCUGAAGGCUAAACUUCUGGGCUACAGUGUGCAAACUCUCCCUGAAGAGGACAAUGACUAGGGCCUGACCGUCUAGGAGACCUGCUCCUACUCCUCCUGUAGCGCAGUGUGGGAGAGCGACGUGGCUUGUCCAAGUCUCUGUAGCUUCUCCGGCGGUGAUCAGGUGAUGGCACUCUCUCCAACUGGAAAUGGGAGGGAAAGGUCAGAGAUGGGACACAGGCUUGAGAGAGCCAUGUAGGAACACCGCUUACACCCAUAUUCUGUCCCAAAGUCCCCCUCUAAAUGACUUUACAACAUAGUAAUUUAACUACAUAUGAAAGGAUAACUCUAAGGAUAGAACUACCCCCAAAAAAAGAAAAAAAAAACUUUCCAAUCUAACUGUUCUAGCAUUGGUAUAGUUAUUCUGGAACUGUGUGUGAGUAAUGUGGGAGUUAUACAUGUUAUUAUGCUCAUUUACUUACAGGAUUGGAUUUCCAACCUGAUUAUGUGCAUCUCCUUAAGUUCCAAAGAACUUAAGAGAUGGAUGCCAGACUAAUAAAUAUAAACUCACAGUUUUAUUUUACCUUAAAAAAAAUUUUCCCCCUAGCUCUGCCAGCUGAAAAGGCCUAGAAACACUGACCAACCCCAGUAGCAAUGAAUGUGGGUACAUCUGCAGAACAAAAUAUUUAACUUUAGUAAAAUGGUAAAAGAAAUCUAAUGUAGGACUUGUGCCAUUUGGCUGACCAAAUCUUACAGGGAUCCUCUCAGUGCAGAACUAAGUCAGGUGGUAGGACAUGUGGUGGUCUCACAAGAAUUAGGGGAGGUCUUCAGGUAUCCACCCACUUCAAGAACAAACCAAACCAACAACAACAAAAAAAAAAACAGAACAGUGAGUGAGUGCCUGUGCAAUGAGAAGCUGGGGCAGAGCAGCAAGAAUCCAAGAAGGGCUGGGUUUGAACAGAAGUGCCAAGAUCUGCAAUGCUUUAGGAAAGGAGAGCCUUGUACAAACCUCAAGGCAUAGAAGAGGAGCCUAGGGCUCAUGUGCUGAACCAAAAUUCUCAAAAAAAGCUGAAGAGGUCCCAGUUAGUAGUAUCUCUAGGUACUAGCAGAAACAAAUUAAUCCUUUUUGGAGGAAAACUGCAUGAGUCUUCAACUUAGGGCCACAGAAAUCUACCAAAUUUAAGCAAUAAGCUUAAAAUAGAAAUCAUCAAACACAUGAGUAGGCAAAACACCAUGAUUGAGAGUCAGCAGUAGCAAGAAGCAACAGAUUUAGAUACCUUCAGGAUGGACACUGAACUGUAAGAAAAUAUACUUGUGAAAUGUUUAAAGGAAUAAAGGACACAAUCAAAAAAUGACCAACCAAUAAGAGACCUUUAGGAAACAACAGAUUAAAAAAAAAAAAAGGGAACAUCUAAGAGAGAAACACACAAUUGGUGACAAACAACUCAAAACAGGUGGAUGAAAAAGCAGAUGAGACAAAGUGCAAGUGACUUAGAAGACAUAUGAAGAAAUUACUGGCAAUGCAGGACAAAGUGACAAGACAGAAAGCACAAAAGAAAUAGAAAUAUGGUGGAUAGAAUGAUCCAGUAAAAAAAAAAGAAAAAACAGUUGCCAUUCAGUCAAGUCCAACUCAUGGUGACUCCCUGUGUGUCAAGGCAGAACUGUGUUCCAUAGGGUUUCUGAUGGCUGAUUUUUCCAAAAGAGAUUGCCAGGCCUUUCUUUUGAGGUACGUCUAGGAGGACUUGAACGUCCAAGCUUUCAAUUAACAGCAGCGCGUGUUAAUUGUUUGCACCACCCAGGGACUCUGUAUAGACUGAUAGAACCUUAUAUACAAUCUAAAUGGAAUCCCUUUAAGAGAGAAUAGAGCAAUUAUAGACAAGGCAAUGGCUCUCAAUUGUCCAGAGCUAAGGGAAAACAUUCAAGAUGCAAAAUGUAUACCAAAACCCAGGCCUAGAGACAUUAUAGAAUUGAAAAACACCCCCCCCCCACAGAAAAAUCAUAGACCACUUACAAAGAAAUAGAAUGACAGCAGACUUCUUACAGUGACUGUGGGUGGCAGAAGACUAGUUUUUUUAAGUGCUGUAUGUCUAUAAUUGUAUACUCAAAAAAAAAAAAAAAAGCCUUUCAAAAA